UACGUUAUAACCCCCACGAAGCGUCAGUGACGAAGUUCUCAAUGGAUAAUGUCGAGCUCAGUCCCAGCAGAAGGGGAGAGCGCUGGAGUUCAUCACGCUUCUCGGUCCGCUGCAGGUGACAGAGACUGACCGAGCGAGCGGUGCUCCACCGUUCAUCUUAAACAAAGCGACAAGCGCGCGAUUUGGGAAUAGUCUGGGUUGGUCAUGCUUAUGGAGGAUCGCUGUGAGGCUUCACAAUGAAAACCUUCAAAUAUCCUUCAAACGCUCUCCUGGAAUUAACCGUCAUCUUUCUUUUCAUUCAGAACUCCAGGAUGGAGACCGAAGCAGCAUCCAUGAUGGCUAGCAGGGCAUUGACAGAAGGUUGCCCUCUAGGUCAGUUCCCUUGUGGAAACCUGAGUGUGUGUUUGCCCCAGGUCCUUCAGUGUAAUGGUCACAGGGACUGCAAGAACGGAGCGGAUGAAGAACACUGCGGGGACAACAGCGGAUGGGCGGAUAUCUUUGAUCGAAACUUUAAGAAGGCAGAGCCACAAGACCUUCCUGACGACUGCUUUCUGCCGCAGUACCCAGAGAGCUGUCAUUGCAUUAAGACGGAAGUGGAAUGUGUGAACGUGAACCUGCAUGUCGUACCAGUCCUCUCUUCCAAUGUGACUUGGUUAUCUCUGAAGAACAAUAGGAUAAGGAAUUUGGAUGAUUACAUCUUCUCCAAGUACACCCAACUGCAGAGACUGUUUCUUCAGAACAACAUAAUUCAGGUGGUCUCAAGCCGUGCCUUCAGCGGACUAUUCAAUCUAGAAAAACUGUUUCUCAGCCAAAACCACAUAACAUACUUAGGACCGGGUGUAUUGCGAGAUCUACACAAGUUAGACUGGCUAGUAUUAGACCACAACCCUCUUAAAACCAUUACCCGUGAUACAUUCAUCGGUCUGAGGUCACUGACAUUUCUAUCCAUGGUGAACACGUCCCUGUUGUGGCUCCCAGACUCAAGUUUCUGUCAGCACAUGCCCUUGCUCAGGUGGUUGGACUUCGCUGAGAACCACGUUGAGUUGCUGAAUUGUUCCACUCUGAAGACCUGCACCGAGCUCACAGUGCUAUCACUGCAUGACAAUAAAAUCAAGAUCCUUCUAGAAAACACCUUUCAUUCUCUUGGAUCUUUGGUUGAACUAGAUUUGUCUUGCAACAGAAUUUCCAAUCUUCCUAAAAACACUUUCUGGAGUUUACAAUAUCUGCAGAAACUGAACCUAUCUCAUAAUCCUUCACUCCAUAUUCAUGCCAGUCACUUCAAUCACCUGCUCCAACUUGAGUCUCUAAGUCUGGAGGGCAUUGAAAUUCCUGAUAUAACUACCAAGAUGUUUCUUCCGAUGGGAAACCUGUCCCACAUAUAUUUUGAGGAUUUUCAGUACUGUUCCUAUGCCCCACAUGUACGGAAAUGUAAACCUAAUACGGAUGGCAUUUCAUCAGUGGAAGACCUGUUAGCCAGCCUGGUUCUGCGGGUCUCCGUCUGGGUUAUGGCCUUCAUCACCUGCUUUGGGAAUCUUUUUGUCAUCGGAAUGCGCUCCUUCAUUAGAGCAGAGAACACACUGCAUGCAGCAUGCAUCAAAGUCUUGUGUUUUGCUGACUGUCUGAUGGGGGUCUAUCUUUUCUUCCUGGGGAUAUUUGAUGUCAAAUUCCGCGGGGAAUAUAACCGGAACGCUCUUAUCUGGAUGGAUAGCGUGGAAUGCCGAACGAUUGGCUUUCUCGCCAUGCUCUCCUCCGAAGUAUCUGUUCUUCUUCUUACCUACUUAACACUAGAGAAAUUCCUGGUCAUCGUUUUCCCGUUUAGCCAUCUGCGGCCCGGGAAGCUGCAGACAGUGUUGGUUCUGGCCUUCAUCUGGAUUCUGGGAUUUGUCAUAGCAGCUGUUCCCUUGCUAAAUGAAGACCUGUUUGGGAACUAUUAUGGGCGAAAUGGAGUAUGUUUUCCUCUGCACUCUGAUAGGCUGGAGAAACCAACUGCUAAAGGAUACUCCACAGGGAUAUUUCUUGGUCUUAAUCUGGUGGCGUUCUUGGUGAUUGUCGUUUCCUAUUCCAGCAUGUUCUGUUCCAUUUAUAAAACCGGCAUCAAUGCCACAGAUGUACGCAGUCGGCUACACAAAGACGUGGCCGUGGCCAACCGCUUUUUCUUUAUUGUGUUCUCUGACGCCCUCUGCUGGAUACCCAUAUUUUUGGUCAAAACACUCUCUCUGCUAAAAGUUGAGAUUCCAGGGACAAUAAACUCCUGGAUGGUUGUCUUCAUUCUUCCUAUCAACAGUGCCCUUAACCCCAUUCUCUACACCCUGACAACCAGCUUCUUCAGAGAGCAGGUGGAGCUCCUCCUGUGCCGCUGGCAGCGGCGCUCGGCAUCAAAGAAAGACCGUAAGAGUCUCACCAGCUCCACCAUCUAUAUGGAGACCCCUCGGAAUGCAGAAUACACAGCAAAUAUAUCCUUGCCACGAAUGUCUUUGGCAGACAUGGAUAACCAAUAUGGGUGAAAAGAGUCAGUGAGUGAAAGGUAUCAUAGUGUAGGCCAAUCAUUAUCAUUAUCUGGAGAUAAGACUGGAGAAUAACACUCUUUCCUGGAACAAUUUAUGUGAAAGGAUGGUACUGUGAUUCUUGCUGUUUGGGUUCAAACAUUGAGUGCUCUUUUUAUACGCGUGACUAGCUUCGCUGUUUUCUCCAUUAGGAGAAGCAUUUUUCAUCACUUUAGCUCGAUAAGGGCCUCGGACCCCCCAGCGUCUAUUUCCCACCUAAACGCCAUGUCCGGCUCACAGGGCAUGUUGUUCGUCUCAAAGGCUUUUAAAGAAGAAAAUCAAUGACUACAAAGCGCAAUGCACAAGACUGUUAGCAUUUACUGCAGAGCACAUCUUGGAAGGAUCAAAGGAACUUUAAAACACUAUUUACAUGAAGGACAAUUUAUUAUUUUUUAUGGAAAUGUUUCAAUAUGUGGUUUUGAGAAGUUAUUGAUAAUGUACCGCAAAGGUUUUUUUUUUUUUUAAAUGCUUGCUCUGCCAUUUCACAGAAAAUACAUAUUAAAGGGAAUGCCUCAGAGUGGUCUUGGUCAACAAAGUAAAUGGUUCCCUUACUGAACAGAAGCAUGCAAUUAAGAUAAAGAGGUUUAUAUCAUUCAGCCAUGUAAGAUAAAACAGAUACAUAGUUUUUUUUCUGCUUUGUCAUUUUUUACAACAAUACUAAAGCAUUUUAUUUUUAUACUCAUGUUGCCUAUUUAUAAGUUGGAUUUUUUUCUACCCAUUUCAAGACGUGAAGAUAUAUUCUAAGUCAGAUGUAAAGAUGUUAGAACUUUGAAUGCUUAUGGAUUUUGUCCAGCAAUAUAAUAUUGACAAUCUGAAGAAAUCCAUCUACCAGUGAAUCUAGCAAGCCAAGGAUUUGCUUGUACUUUAAUCACUGUAUGACACAGAGU